AUGGAGCCGGGGGAGUCCGCGGCAGCGCCCCUCAACCGAUCCCGAGCUGGGGUAGAGCCGCCCCGCGGGGAGUUCAACCUCUCCGGGCUGCCGGUGGAGGGGAAGCCCCUCUUCGGCAUCGGCAUCGAGAACUUCAUCACCUUGAUCGUCUUUGGCUUGAUCUUCACCCUGGGGGUGCUGGGCAACUCUCUGGUGAUCACGGUGCUGGCGAGGAGUAAGCCAGGCAAACGCCGCAGCACCACCAACAUCUUCAUCCUCAACCUGAGCAUUGCCGACCUAGCCUACCUGCUCUUCUGCAUCCCCUUCCAGUCCACAGUCUACAUACUGCCCACCUGGGUGCUGGGCGCCUUCAUCUGUAAGUUCAUCCACUACUUCUUCACCGUUUCCAUGCUGGUGAGCAUCUUCACGCUCUCGGCCAUGUCCGUGGACCGCUACGUGGCUCGCUCUUCGGCCUUGCGCGUUUCUCGCAACGCGCUGCUGGGUGUGGGGCUCAUCUGGGCGCUCUCCUUCGCCAUGGCCUCACCUGUGGCUCACCACCAGCGCCUCUUCCACCGCGAGGCCAGCAACCAGACCUUCUGCUGGGAACACUGGCCCAACCCACGCCACAAGAAGGUCUAUGUGGUUUGCACGUUCAUCUUCGGAUACCUGCUCCCGCUGCUGCUCAUCUCCUUCUGCUAUGCCAAGGUUCUUAAUCAUCUGCAUAAGAAGUUGAGAAACAUGUCAAAGAAGUCAGAAGCAUCCAAGAAAAAGACAGCACAGACUGUGUUGGUGGUGGUGGUGGUUUUUGGCAUCUCCUGGCUGCCGCAUCACGUGAUUCAUCUCUGGGCUGAAUUUGGAGUUUUCCCACUGACUCAAGCCUCCUUCCUCUUCAGAGUAACUGCGCACUGCCUGGCGUACAGCAAUUCUUCCGUGAACCCCAUUAUAUACGCAUUUCUUUCUGAAAAUUUUAGGAAGGCCUACAAACAAGUCUUCAAAUGCCAGAUAGGUAACGAGUCACCUCUGAAUGACGCUAAGGAAAAUAAAAGUCGGAUAGAUACACCACCGUCUACCAACUGUACACACGUGUGAACUUUGAAAAGUCCUG